GUGCAGCAGGAGGAGCAGGAGGAGAGACGGGAGGCACGGGGCCAGAAGGCCGCGGGCCCUUCAUCCAAGCAUUUGGAGCCGCCAACGAAGGCGAGGCGUCCUCCAUCAGUAACACCGAAAGUGGAGGGCCCAGGCAGCGCGGGCCCUCCGAGCGUUUCAGAGGACGCAACCUCCGAGGAGCGCGCGGAGGUGCAGCAGGAGGAGCAGGAGGAGAGACGGGAGGCACGGGGCCAGAAGGCCGCGGGCCCUUCAUCCAAGCAUUUGGAGCCGCCAACGAAGGCGAGGCGUCCUCCAUCAGUAACACCGAAAGUGGAGGGCCCAGGCAGCGCGCGCCCUCCGAGCGUGUCAGAGGACGCAACCUCCGAGGAGCGCGCGGAGGCCACGGACGCUGCAGACUUGGAGCCAGCAACGGGCCGACGAGCCAGUGCCUCCAGUGCCGUGUCGCAGACGAGCACACUCUGCAGCGCGCGGCGUGCAGACAGCAUCGCCGGCUCCAUGACUUUCUCGGUAUCUACCAGAGGUCGCCGAAGAUCUGUUUUGAAUCCUGCAGCCGUCAUCGAAGACUUGGAGGCUUCAGAGGAGUACGAGUACGCACGGCUCUUCCGUAUCUUAUUGGAGAUUCAGCGGAAUGGCGACCCCGAUUCUAGCUGCCUGAGAGAUUUUCUCGCGGAAAACUGUGAAGUCACCGACCUGGUGCUCGAUGCCAUGCCCUUCCUCCAAAAGGUUGAAGGAGGGGAGAUUGCGCUGCCGGCGAGUGCGGACAUGCGAACGGAUCCGACCUUCCGAGAGUUCCUCCAGACGAUGAGGGAGAGGUGUGUCUCCAAUGCAACUCUUUUAAGGAUCUUCACGAAGCUGAGCCAGCGUGGCUCGGCACCCAUAGAGGCCUGUCGUGCUGAAGCCCAGAGGUUUUGCCUUGACCACUUCGAUGCGAACCUUCGUCAGAGCGAGUGGGAGCAGAUGCUCCAAGCUGCCUUCAACGGUGCUGGCGAGGAGCUGACCCCAGGCCAAUGGAUGCAAAGCUGUCGAUGGGCUGCCCGAGCUGCCAGGCUCAUCAUGACUCUGCGGCUGACGUAG